AUGCUUGGCCAUCGCGGCGCUUAUCAGGAGAGCGAGGAAAAACUUCGAUGUCCUGAGCGUCUACGCCUCACAGCCUCGCAACCGCACCAAGUUUCUUCAAUUUGGUACGCGCAGCAGCUACCAGUGUUGCAAGGCUUCGAGACACGCAUGGGGUUUGCCGGACUACACAACUCACUUGCCAUCACAUUUGAAACUAGGCUCAACGAUGAAAGCGCUGGAGAUGAUGUCUUUUACGAUCAUGUUGCAAUUUACUCACGAGGUCAAAGCAGCAACACGGACUCCGAACGCGCUGGAAUCUCUGCCGCUGCUGUCCAUGAUCUCGCUGAUGGCAAGGUGCACAUUGUCAAAAUACGCUACUACACGGAGUUGCAGAUGACACGCUAUAACUACGUUCCUUACUUCUCAGCGACCACGAAUUUGCCCAAGUUCAUCAAAGACGUGUCAGAUGGUCGAAGAGUUGGAACGCUAGUAGUGUUUAUGGAUGAAGGCAUCAAGACCGAUACGCCCAUUUUGACCGUUCCUAUCAAUUUGUCAGCUACACUGAGGCUGGAUUCCGAUGAGGCAUUUGUGGGAUUCACGACGUCAACCAGUAGCUCGUGGCAGAAGCACGACGUCUUGGGCUGGUUUUAUUGCAGCGAGCCCCCAUGUUUGGACCAGUACGACACGGAACUGACGUUCGACUUCGACUACAACGAGCAGUCAAUGCUCUCUACUGCUUCUCAUGGCAACACUCUCUACCCGAUAUUCAUCUACCCGGACACGGCGUCGUGGGCCAAAACACAGGUGUACUUUUCCGCCAACCAAAAGGUCGGGCUCGUCUCGUGA